AUGAUAACCUUCAGCACUCUUGAUCUCACGAACAAGCUUUUACGAAAAGGUUCCUAACGGCCUUUCUCCUUUUUCCAAUUUCUCACCCCCAUAGAUUCCACGUUUCAGGACUCGGCAACGUGACGUCGAUGAGCACGACGUACGAGAAAGGUGACACUGGCUCGCCGGAAAACGAGCGGAAGUUCAAGGUGAGUGAUGAGAAAUCCGGGUGGUCGGGUAAAGGAAAAAACUCAAUUUCCCCCGCAAAAGAUAAGAGUGUGCAUUGGCUGGGUGCCAAAAAUGGCACGGUGACAUCAUGGAAGUGUUGUAUGACGGGAACAAAUAUACAAUAGUCUGGAGACCAAAGAAUCAUAUCGUAUCCCGAUGUAAUCAGUGAACACACAGUAGCGGCUGUGUAUUGCACUCUGAGAAACAGUGAAAAAACAGCCGACGGGUGCCAAGUGCACAAAAACACGCUGAUUGUUUGAAGGAUUCGGUUGUUUGAGUGUUUUUGUGAGCGGGACGCGUGUGUGUUCGAUCCGAUUGCUGGUUUCUGAACUAUGAGCUUCAUGGCGCCGCCUCCUUCCGCCCAGAAGAUGAGAAGAUGAUGACGUCGUCGUUUCCCCCAAAUCACAUUAGUUAGUCAUGAAGUGCCUACCCAAGUGUUACUAAUUUCCACAAUACCGUCGUCUUCAGAUAGUCUUACCCUCUGUUUUUUGUUGUUCUAGGCAACGGUCGUCCUCAUUUUUAUAAGGUCUCCUCACCAAACUUUGACCGAUUUAUUGGACAAAUGGAAGAAACAAACCGGACGGCUGAAUUAGUGUGUCGCAACUACUUCCUCCCCCCUAUAUAAAUCUAUUUAUGCUCUAUUCAUGAGUACGCACGCCUUAUCAGCAGCUGAUUUUGCCACUGAUGCUUGGUAUUCAAAAAUGUUGCAAUAUUGGUCGUUUCGCGCUCAAUCAGUCAUCACCUCGAGGUCACUCUUCGCAAUGCUCCUCCAUCUUUGACCAGUAAAAUCAGACAUCUAUUGUUCUCGUGUUGUUUUCUAUCUCACACUCCAACGCAUUCCAAUAUCUGGCAGUGACAAUGAUGGAACGGUUUUUUGUCGCUUCCCUUCGUAGUGGUCAUUGAGACAACUGGCGAGAUAGGAGAUAACCCAGGCCGCAAGGCCGAAAAAUGAGAGAUACGAUGACAGUUCUCUAAAGAAGUGUGAAUCGAAAAGAAGAACUGGCCGACGUGCCUCCUUCGUCAUCUUCGCACUUUGAUCACCGUGGCCGGAGAAAUGUUCAUUUUUCCACGUCGUGGAUGAUUUUUCCAAUAACCUUCUCGCUUCUGAUGUAAUGACUCUGAAACUCUUUCUCUUCCUCCGCUCACGUGCGCCAAUGUGUAAUUUUUUCGAGCUCCGGGUUCUUCUCCUUCUCUCUUCUCCCAGCGACUCCGCCUCUUCUUGGUGUUUGUCGAAACGCGCUGGUUAAUACUCUUACUCGUUCCGUUCCUUGAUACGAGAAUAGAACGCAUACGCCGUUACCCAGCAGGUACAGUAUGUCUUGUCUUUCGUUUUGCAUAGUGUAAUGAUGUUUACGCGGACUGCACAUGUCAUUGACUCCUCUCGGAUUGAUGUCUCUCAAAACUCUUGUCGGGAGGAGGGUUCAGACCGGCAACAGCUGCCUUUCUCUUUCCUUUCUCCCUACACUUUUUUCUUCCGAUCCCACCCUUUUCCAUCUUUCUUCCUGUUCUUGUGUCCAAAUCGACAUCACUCAGUUUUUGAUCUCAUUCUCAUCGUAGUCCGUCAAAACAUGGGAUUUUGUAAUCAAAUUUUGAUUCACACCAUCAGCGGUUGAUGUUCAAAGAUUAUAGAUGCUCAGGCAACCCAUUUUCGCCCACAUUAUUUUUUUGUCUUUAUAAAAGAACGAAAGGAAAUGAAUCAUUCGCUGAAAGGCUUCAGCCAUUGGAUUAUCCGUCUAUCAUCUUCCUUCCUUCUUAUUAUUAUCUUCUUCGUCAUGUCGCCAUCUUCUCAGAUCUCAUCUUCUUCCUUUGCCAGAAUGCCCCCAGCUCGCACAGCCGGACCUGCCCAAGUGGUCCAGCCGAUAGUGGCGGCACCACCAACUGGGUCCGUAAUUCUACCACCACCACCAUCCGCGUCGUCUUCUCGUCGUUCCAUCGUUUCUCCCAUUUACACCAAUCAGCACACCCGGAAGAGCGCGACUUUUCGUGCGUCACCGCCGAAACCAUGCGCACCAAAAACCACGUGUAGCCGGUCGAUGUCAUUGGAACGAAAGGUCUCGAACUUCUUUCAUCGGGGCCGGUGAUAAAUCAAACACUAAACUAAAACACCUUUUAACUAACGUGUCGUAAACAAUCGGCAAAAUUGAUGAUUAUUUGAUUUCGGUGACCGCGUGACUUCCGAUUUCUGCGAUAAGUAUGUGUGUGUGUGUGUCGGGAUACUGUAGCAGAUACAGUAAAAGGAAUGAAGAAACCAACUAUCUAAAGUGUACAUAUUUUUGUUUUAAGGUCUACAAAAUCGUGCUCACCGGAGGACCGUGCGGAGGAAAAACAACCGCUCAGGUGUGUACCCCUUUACAAGUAUUCCCUCUUACUCGGUCAUUCUGUUUUUUCCUUUUCACACACAAAAUGUUAUCGUUAUCUUUUGUUGGCUGCUCUAAUGUUUUUCGGUUGUUUCCGACGAACACACGAUGCUGUUUUUCAGGUGCGUCUGGCGACCUUCUUCGAGAAUCUCGGAUGGAAAGUAUUCACCGUGCCCGAGACGGCCACCAUUCUCCUCGGCGGACGUGUCAAGUUCAGCGAACUAGAUGAACAGCAGUCGUACAUCUUCCAGCGGGACCUUCUCGCUACGAUGCAUCAGAUCGAAAACACCUUCUUCAAUCAGGCGUCCGCCAUCAAAGACCGCAAUGUACUGAUCAUCUGUGACCGCGGAUGCAUGGAUCCGUCCGCCUACUCGACUGCGGAAGACUGGCAUCGUAUGCUUCGCGAGCUGAACUACGAGGAGUUCGAUCUGAGAUGCAGUCGUUACGAUCAGAUUGCUCAUCUGGUGACGGCUGCCGAUGGAGCGGAGAAGUACUACACUCUGGCGAACAAUUCAACGAGAAGCGAGGGUAUCAAUUCGGCUCUGGAACUAGACAAACGGACGAGAUCCGUGUGGAUCGGACACCCGUACAUGGACAUCAUCGACAACAAGAACACGUCGAACUUCGAUGACAAAGUGAACAAGCUAAUUCAGGUGGUGUGCGACAGAACCGGAAUCAGAUCGGGAGACCGAUUGGCGAAGGAUUCAAAGAAGAGAAAGUGGCUCGUCGCGGACGUCGACUGGAAGAACUUUGGAAAGUUCGAAGAGUUCGAAAUCGAGCACUUCUACCUUCUCUCCGAUGAGUCCAACAUCCAACAUCGCUUCCGUCGUCGCACUCAGAACAACCGUUCGACGUACACGCUGACGAGUCGCGAGUACUUCAAGGAGAGCGGGGAUUCUAUCGAAACUCGGAUGAACGUGAUGUCCCGCGACUACAAUACGUACGUCAACAUGCGCGACAAGAGCCGUGCUUCGAUCUUCAAGAAGAGAAGAUGCUUCAUGUACGGGAACAUGUACUUCAACAUGGACAUUUACAAGGAUCCUCUGCCGCCACAGGCCAACGGAAACCAUUUGAUCUUCUUAGAAACGUACACAACCGUUCCGAAGGGAGUUCCGCUUCCGGAAGGAUCCAUGCCGCCGUUCCUGACCAUAGAGAAGGUAUCUUGAAAUCGAAGAGCGUUUAUGUAAUUGAUUUGCUAUUUUUAGGAAAUCACCGGAGAGGGUCAGUAUUCGAUGUACUCACUCUCGAAGUUCACCAAAACGGGCAACAAGAACGAGUUCGCCGGAGCCGACAAGUACAAGGACGACUAA